AUGAAAGUCUAUUGUCUAUUGCCUUUACCGACGCCAUUAGCAGGAAAUAAUAUUUUUCCAAUUCGCAAUAUUCUAAACUAUUCACGUGCUAGUACAAGUAUAUUAAAAAUAUAAAACUUACGCAUUAAAAUGGCUGAUAACGACGAUCUUCUUGACUACGAAGAUGAAGAGCAAGCAGAACAGCAGACGACUGAUGGAACCACCGAAGCGGCUCCCAAGAAAGAGGUUAAAGGCUCGUAUGUAUCAAUUCACAGUUCAGGAUUUAGAGAUUUUCUUUUAAAACCUGAGAUUCUUAGAGCAAUAGUUGAUUGCGGGUUUGAACAUCCGUCAGAGGUCCAGCACGAAUGUAUACCUCAGGCUGUACUUGGUAUGGACAUAUUGUGUCAAGCUAAAUCUGGUAUGGGAAAGACGGCUGUAUUUGUACUUGCGACACUCCAACAACUGGAACCAUCAGAAAACCACGUCUACGUUCUGGUCAUGUGUCACACAAGAGAACUCGCUUUUCAGAUUAGCAAGGAAUAUGAGAGGUUCUCCAAAUAUAUGCCGGGAGUUCGAGUUUCUGUCUUCUUUGGUGGUAUGCCUAUCCAGAAAGAUGAAGAAGUAUUAAAAACAGCAUGCCCCCACAUAGUUGUUGGGACACCUGGACGAAUCUUAGCCUUGGUAAAUAACAAAAAGUUGAAUUUAAAACAUCUUAAGCACUUCAUAUUGGAUGAAUGUGAUAAAAUGUUAGAAUCUCUGGACAUGAGACGUGAUGUCCAAGAAAUAUUUAGGAACACACCUCAUGGAAAGCAAGUGAUGAUGUUUUCAGCUACAUUAAGCAAAGAUAUCCGGCCAAUUUGCAAGAAAUUUAUGCAAGAUCCAAUGGAAGUUUAUGUAGAUGAUGAAGCUAAACUCACUCUUCAUGGACUUCAGCAACAUUAUGUUAAACUCAAAGAAAACGAGAAGAAUAAGAAACUAUUUGAGUUACUGGAUGUUUUGGAAUUUAACCAAGUUGUUAUUUUUGUUAAAUCAGUACAACGAUGCAUUGCCCUCGCUCAACUGCUGACUGACCAGAACUUCCCUGCUAUUGGAAUUCACAGAAGUAUGAGUCAAGAUGAGCGCCUAUCUCGCUACCAACAGUUUAAAGAUUUUCAAAAGAGAAUAUUAGUAGCAACCAACCUGUUUGGAAGAGGAAUGGAUAUUGAACGAGUCAACAUUGUUUUUAAUUAUGACAUGCCUGAAGAUUCUGAUACUUAUCUACAUAGAGUGGCCCGAGCUGGUAGGUUUGGUACCAAAGGACUUGCCAUCACCAUGGUGUCUGAUGAAAAUGAUGCCAAGAUUCUCAAUGAAGUUCAGGAUAGAUUUGAUGUUAAUAUCACUGAGUUACCUGAAGAAAUAGAAUUAUCUACUUACAUUGAAGGUCGAUAAAAUAUCUAAUGUUUAGUUCAUUCCAUCUGUAUUCAGGGGUAAUUGAUUGAUCACUAAUUGUGUUGUGUUUACAAUCAAAUUAUUUUUGAAACUUUGUGUAACUAACAUUAAAUUCUAAGGAAUUUGUAUUGACAUGCUAAGUCUUAUUAUGAGUAAUUUAGUUUAAGUGAGCAAUGAAGAUGUUUUGAUUUAA